AAAAAGUGUGUUUAAGUGUAAUGAUACUGAAAAAUGGAUUACAGUGAAAAUAAUAUACCAACGGUUGUUCUCCAUUGGAAUUACAGAGGUUUCACCCAGUUCCCUUUACAUUUGCUCAAAGGCGAAGAAUCAGAAAUUACGGAUAUAUAUCUAAAGGAGAAUCUAAUAUCUCGUCUGCCGAGCGACAUCGGCAGAUUGGAGCAUCUAGAGAGCCUUUACUUAAGCGGCAAUGAUAUAGCGGUGUUGCCUCGAGAGAUAUCGAAGUUGCGAAGUCUAAAGUGUCUCGAUGUUAGCGGCAACAGAUUGAGAUACAUACCCGAUGAGAUAGGCGAUGUCAGAAGCUUGAAGUUCCUGAUAUUGGAUGAGAAUGAAUUAACGGAGUUGCCUUUGAGGAUCGCGGAGCUGAGAGCGCUGCGGUAUCUAUCGGUUUGUGAUAACAAUUUGCAAUGGCUGCCCCAACGGCCCGUGUAUAACCAGCAUCACUGCGAGUUCCGAUUCUGGAGGAACAACCUGAAGGCGAUACCAUUUUCCUUGUGGUACCACAUGUUCAGGGACCAGCAGACUAGGAGCUUCGGAAUGGGAAAACCUCAAGCGAUUUAUACAAAUCAACAAGUAUGCCGACUGACCGUAGUGAAUGAGAAUGGUUCAUAUAAAAUAGAUAUCCCAUGUCCACCGCAACACCAAAACAUAUUAGAAAGUACAUAUUCCCCACCAAAUCUGUACGAACUGUGUCGAAGAAGACUGUAUGCAAUCAUAUCAGAAACUGCCAGAAAACUAUCAACAGACUCACCAAGCAUUUAUUCAGAUUAUUAUAACAGAAAUGUAUCAAAUAUUCAGAACAACUUCUUAAAUUUUAAUCUAGAAUCUAAAAAUAUACCCAGCGAAGAUAAAAAUGGUAAUUACGAAUUCAAAGUCAUACCAUCCGUUUUAAAAAAUGGGAAUAAAACCAAAGAACAAAGAAUUUACGCACCAUCUGAUAUAGUGGAUAAAUACCACAGUUUUCUACCAAAUUUUAUGAAGAGAGAAUUAAGAGUUGGACCUAUAUCAAAGUGUGAGAACGCCGCUUGUAAGAAACCUACAUUUGAUUUCGUGUUAUAUGAAUUCUGCCUUGGGGAAAUUAUCCUCAUCGAUAGAACGGAAACUGUCAUUCUGAGUGCUGUAUUCUGUUCGAAAACCUGUUCAGAAGUAUGGAAGCGAGGUAGAACGAAUGUUAUACCAUGGACCUUAGUACAAAAUAACUAAUAA